AGCCUUUCGGGUCCUCGCGGGCUGCCGUAGCGAGAGAGGCGCUGAUUGGCUGAGCGGAAGGCGGCCGCUGCCUGCGCAGGGUCGGUUUUCGCUGCCGAAGUACGUGGAGGCCGGGCUCGCGGGCGCCUGGAGCGGGGCUUUUGGAUCCUCGGCCGCGAGGUGAGGAACCUGGGGCCAUGAGAGAGUUACCCAAGUCACACAGCUCAUUAAGUAGCAGAGCUGGGAUUAGAACUCAGGUUUCCUGCCUCCCAAGAUUGUUGAAAUGAGUCUGCGAAAGCAAACCCCCAGUGACUUCUUAAAGCAAAUCAUUGGACGGCCAGUUGUGGUGAAAUUAAAUUCUGGAGUGGAUUAUCGAGGGGUCCUGGCUUGUCUGGAUGGCUACAUGAAUAUCGCCCUGGAGCAGACAGAAGAGUACGUAAAUGGCCAGCUGAAGAAUAAGUAUGGGGAUGCAUUUAUCCGAGGGAACAAUGUGUUGUACAUAAGUACACAGAAGAGAAGGAUGUGAAGACGCCAAGCAGCUCAUUUCAUAAUUGGACAUGCUUUUUAUGAAAAUUGUCUUUGGUUCUUUUUGUGAUAUAAGUUCUCAUGUUUUCAUUGUAGUUGUGAUUUUUUCACUGACAUGUGAUUAAGAUGUAUAAAAUUAUGUGUUGAAUUGUAAAGAAUUUUUCACAUUUAAGUUUUCAGUCAUUUUCUUUUACCUGUAUGUCAGUAUACUGAGUGCUAAAAGAAUUAAAGAAAUACCAACAGCUAUUUCUUCCUACAAGGUUAUUUAACUUAAGGCUCAAGUAACAUCUUUUGAUUUAAUUUGCUCUACUCUGUUGACUACACUGUUGCAUACACGGACAUAUAAGUAAAACAUUCUUUAUCCCUUCUCUGCUACUCACCAUCCAUACACCACUCAAAACACUUGGUGAAAAUGUUCUACAAAGGCAUACAGUUUCAGUCUGAGCUAUAAAA